GCUCCUCCCAACUAGGGUUUGGAACCUGCGCAUCUUUACCAGCAAGCAGCUCUCAAAUCCUAAGACAAAAUGCCUAAGCAAAUUCACGAGAUCAAGGAUUUCCUUCUCACUGCCAGAAGGAAGGAUGCUCGUUCUGUGAAGAUCAAGAGGAGCAAAGAUGUGGUCAAGUUCAAGGUUCGCUGCUCCAAGUACCUCUACACUCUCUGUGUGUUUGACUCAGAGAAGGCCGACAAAUUGAAGCAAUCCCUUCCUCCAGGUUUGAGCGUGCAAGACCUUUGAGCUGGGAAUGAGCAGGAGCAAGAGCUCUAGUUGCUGAGAACAAUUUUUUUGAAAAAAAAAUUUGUGCUUUUUGGCAUUAGUUUAAAAGACCCUGUUUGUGAUGGAUUUGGUUUUAACUCUUCAAAUAUGUAUCGGCAUCCCAUAUUCUGGUAUUUUUUAGUAGAUUGAGCUUUCUUGCUUCAUGGUUGGAUACCUGAACCUAGCCUUUGCUGGUAGAUUAGCUCGUGUGUGUUUUUUUUUUGGGGGCGGGGAUUUGUUUUGUUAUU